AAGACCCCCACCACCUCCUGCCCUUUUUUUUGUUUAAAGCACAGAUAACAAUGCUCACAGACAGUUUCACAAGUGCGGCGUGAACAGGCAAGACAAAGGAGAAAUCAUCGUUAGUUUAACAGAAACAUGUUUCUGUUAAAUAUUUGCAUCUAUGCCAGCCUCAUGCUGUCCCUCCCUCAGUGUACAUAUCAAUCCUGCACAGAGGGGACACCCAGACAGUGUCUAGAUGCAGAAUUUGCUCCAGGUACCAAUUUGGCCGGCGAAGGCUUUGAUAUCACCAACAUGGAACGUAAGGGAGCCUUUGUGCUCGACAUGAAUCAGUGGAAACGCAAGGACAAAACAUGCACCCUGUGCAGCAACCCCUACCUGGAGAACAAAAAGCAAAAGCUCCCCUUGUCAGUCAUGGACUGGAUAGCAAAGCAGUCCUGCAGCAUGAAAGUGUCUAGCACGCUCCACAGAUCCAGUGAGUCUCUGGUCAGUUCCAGCUCCUCUUCUGUGGAAAACAACUGGAAGACCAAUCUUGAUGUUGAUGUGGGUGACAAGAGCGGCUCAUUGAUGCUAGCAGGUACUAAUUCCAAAUUGGCUGAAUACUCCAUGGAAAAAACUAAGAAUGACAAGUUUAGCUUCACAAGCCAAAGCAUGUCCUGUGAGUACUACAGCUACAGGGUGUCCAGCGCUCCCAAGUUGCAUAAAGAGUUUCGGAAAGCAGUGAACCAGCUUCCAAAAGUUUACAGUCCAAAAUUCAAGCAACGAUUUUACAAACUGUUUGACACCUUCGGUACCCAUUACGUCACCAAGGUGAAGUUGGGAGGAAGUGUUCAGUCUGUGACGAGCAUCAGGCAGUGCCAGGCCAGCCUGCAGGGCAUCAGUGUGGAGGAGGUUCAGAUGUGCCUGGAAGCUGAGGCGUCUGCCAGCAUCAAAGGAAAUACACUAAAAACUGAAGCAAAACACUGCCAGAAGGACGCUGACAAGAUGGAAAGCAAGUCUUCCUUUUCCGGCCUCUUCAACGACAGGUUCACAGAAAUAAAGGGGGGCCAUACCACAGAGCCAGACCUUCUUUUCUCUGCUGACAAGGAUCCAUCCGCCUACAAAGAAUGGCUGAAUUCACUACCGCAUAACCCAGACAUUGUCUCAAAUUCCCUGAGCCCGCUUCAUGAGUUACUUCCUACUAACACUCCUCUCCGGAAGAACCUGCGUUUAGCCAUUAGCCAUUACAUCCUGGAGAAAGCCCUGUGGAAGAACUGCAGUGAGCACUGUCAAGCCGGCAUCAAGAGCGACCAGAGAGAUUCCUGCGUGUGCCAAUGCCACAACGAACUCGCUGUAAACCAAGACUGCUGCCCGACCCGUAAGGGCAUGGCACGGGUCAUCAUAACUGUACAACGGGGUGCAGGACUGUGGGGAGACCACAGCACAGCCACAGACGGCUAUGUGAAGGUGUUUUUCAAUGGGCAGAUGAAGCGUACCCAUGUCAUCUACAAUAACAACUACCCACACUGGGCCACUGUCAUUGACCUGGGCACUCAGGAUGUGUCCUCAGGGCAUCAAGUAAAAUUUGAAGUGUGGGAUCAGGACAACAACUGGGACGACGACCUGCUGGGACAAUGUGGGAAAGCUUUGUCUGCUGGAGUCAAGCAGGAUCUCUGUAACCUGCAACAUGGCCAGCUUUUCUACAAGCUGGACGUGAAAUGCGCUCCCAGUCUGAGUGGAGCUCUAUGCAAGGACUAUAAAGCCUCUCCUAUGAGUCAAAGUCUGAAGGAGCUGUACGUGUCCCGUCAUGCACAUCCAGUUCCAAAAGCUAUUCUGUUAGAGAUGGGUGUGUUUGUGGAUGAACCAAGCCCACUGAGCAACCAGAGUCUUACUGCAAAGACUCAGAAGUUUGAUGUGAAAUAACUGCGUUGUCUUUUUGUUUUUCGCGCUUACAUAGCAACAUUACUCUUCCUAUUAUGUACAUGGAUGAUACAUUAAGCAAGACCAUUAAUCAUUCACUGACAUCCGUGAUUAAAUAUCUAAUGAUCAGAUAGAAUGAGAUGUCAAUGUCUGUUGGGAGCAAUUGGUUUAUGUGCUUAAUAAGCAGCUGCAACUCAAUUAUGAUUUUAAGAAAGCAUUUUACAGUUUCUGUAGCACGUGUUAGACAGAAUAGUCAACGUACGCUCUCUGAAAUCUACAUCAGCAGAAGAUCCAAAAGGACUGAAAUAGAUUGCUAAAAUGUUUAAAACAGUUAUUUUAUUGUUUAUGCUGUAUCUGUGUUUUCGUUCUGUUGACUAUGGCUUGAGAACAGCAAAGCAUAUUUUAAAAGUCCUUGCUCCGGAUGCAAACUUUUGAGUUUGAGUCACUGCAGUUUUAACUUAUUCAUAUAUUUAUUUCUUUUUUUACAUACCUUAACAUAAAAACGUAUAGUGCAUUUUUGUAGGUUUUUUAGUAUAUUUACAAGCAACAUUUACUUGUGUGAUUUGUGUAUUGUAAUCAUGUCAUUAUGUUAAGGCUUUUUGUUUAUCCAUAAUAAAAGCAUUGCAUCUGAA